AUGUACACAGACAGUCCGGAGAGAGAGAAGAGGCUGGUGUUUCUCACAGCUCGUGUUCACCCCGGGGAGUGUCCUUCAUCCUUCGUCUGUCAAGGUGUGAUUGACUUCCUGGUGAGUCAGCAUCCAGUGGCCCAGGUCCUGAGAGAUCAUGUGAUCUUUAAGAUCGUCCCCAUGCUCAACCCAGAUGGCGUCUACCUCGGUAACUACAGGUGUUCUCUGAUGGGCUUCGACUUGAACCGUCACUGGCAGGACCCCUCCCCCUGGGCCCACCCCACCCUCCAUGCUGUCAAACAACUCAUCGUCCAGAUGAGUCAGGACCCGGUGGGUCUGGAGUUCUACAUAGAUGUCCACGCCCACUCCACCAUGCUGAACGGCUUCAUGUAUGGCAACGUGUUUGAGGAGGAGGAGCGUGUGCAGAGACAGGCCGUGUUCCCCCGCCUGCUGUGCAACAACGCACCAGACUUCUCCUUCUCCAACACGUCGUUUAACCGGGACGUGGUGAAGGCCGGUACAGGAAGGCGUUUCCUGGGAGGUCUCCUAGAUGACACGUCCUACUGCUACACCCUGGAGGUGUCCUUCUACAGCUACAUGAGCGCCAGUAGCACCACCCCCGUACCCUACACCGAGGAAACAUAUAUGAGGCUGGGUAGGAACGUGGCUCGCACCUUCCUGGACUACUACAAACUCAACAACGUCAUCAAAGACCACGUCCCCGCACACAUACACAGCUCAGAAGUUUCGCCCCCAGCCCACGGUCGGCAAGGCAACGGGAGGAACCAAGGGAUGGAAAGAGGAGAAAGUGAGAAGGAGAGGAAGAAUCAAGGAGUUAAAGGAGGCUUCUAGACCUGCCCAACAGCACCUGCUGCCUGGCGGACAGCUGGUCUGAGCCUGCUGUGUCUGUCUAAGACUCCUAUCAUCUCCUCUACUCACCUUAAGGCCCAUGACAUGGUCCCUUUCACACGCACAUACACACACGCACGCACACACACACACACACACACACACACACGCACUCGCAUGAGGUUGGGGAUUAGGAGUCAGGAAGAGAGGAUGGGAUUGGUAGGAAACAAGGGUACGUGUUUGAGGUUCAUGCUGAUAGGACAAGGACUCAAUUUAUGCACUCUUUAACACGCACGGCCGUUAUCAGCAGAGCAGCGUGCAGCUUCGCUCUCACAGACUGAGCACGCUCAGAUAGCGUCCCGAAAGACUGGAAGGAUGGACUUGACGCCUGACUCGAAUUAAAUGUUUGAAGUAGAUCGAGUGUGACACAUCUACAAACUCCAUGAGGCCUUUAAAUGAAAAGCUCAUUUAAAUUAGAUUUCACCACAUGCUUCCACAUUUCAUAAUGUGCGUGUAAGAUUAUUUUUGUUUCGUGAAUGCAUUUUCCUUUCAGUUUUUGAGUAGUGCACUGUAGCCUGUGUUUAUUUUGCCUGUGUUUAUUUUCUCAUAGGCCUAUGCAUUACUCGAGUCACUUAAAUCAAAGGUUUGUGAUAAUGGUGCUUUGUUAAUUUCACUGUCAAUGCACCGUUUAUGGUGUGGAUAUGGAUGAG